AUGGUGGAUAAUCAGCCGACCUUGGUCGAAGGAUGGGAUGCUUACAUUCAGGCAGAAUACAUUGAAAUACAUUAUAUUUUGUUUUUCAAGAGAAUCAACAAUUUCCAUUUCAAAAUUAUGGUGACGAACAAAACUGGUUGUGAAAGAACACCGAUAUACCACUUUUGUUUGGACAUAAAAAAAUGGCACAUUGACCGGGCACGCUUCCCAAUUCCAAUGCCUUUUUGGAGAGACCACAUCGAGAGAUACUUUAACAACUACACUAAGGUUGUCAUCAUGUUCAAUGAGAAGGUUUAUAAAGUUGAUGUAAUUCAUGGUAAUGGCAAGAAAUUGUUGCAAAACGGUGGUGCUCGACAGGUUGUGAUUGAUAGUGGCAUUUUGGUUGGUUCUUCAUGCAUGUUCACCCACGUCGGGCCACUCAACCCGGAUAAAGUGAUCAAGUUUAGGGUUAGGAUUUGUUAG